GCCAGCCCGAGCGACAAUGGGCCAGCAUGGAGAGGAGCAGAUCUUCCACAUGGAAUGCAUGACAUCACGGAACAGGUCGACGAGAAGCGAUACGAUUUGAGAAACGUUGAUGAAACGGUUUGGUCUAGAAAGGUCCUCUUCGACAUGUCCAAGCCCAGCUCUCUCGGAAUGACUCGUGGAAGCCAGGGAGAUUGGGUUGAGAGUCGUACAGGCGAGCAGCUCAUGCUUUCAAUGGCGUUCCAAUCCAUGGUGAACCUGUCCAUCAUACAACUCACGUCACUCCCGCCGGAGGACUCUGUUUCUGUGCUUAUGAGGCCAAGAACCAUCCGUCUCUACGCCAAUACGCCGCAUAUUGUGGAAUUGGACCAAGCCAAGCAUACCUACGCCGCUCAAACCAUUAUACUAGAGAAUGAGGAUUGGAAUUCCAAUGGCACGGCUAAUAUAGGCCUGCAUUCUCGCAAGUUCCAAAACAUCUUUCAUCUUGUUAUUUUUGUGGAGGAGGGCGACGGCACUAGAAAAAAGACGCGGCUUGAUCGGGUGAGACUGAUUAGCAAAGAGGGGAUGCUGGAGAAGGCUGGCCAG